UCUGGUGUCAGAUUUCUUGUCAUUCAUGCCAGCUAACUGAGAACAAGCGACGGCCUUCUCUAAUCUUUCAUUGAAAAAAGGCGAAAGCGAGACGAAAAUACCAAUAGAUUGACACCGCCAAAAUGAUCCACAGCCUGUUCCUCGUGAACUCCUCGGGGGACAUUUUCCUGGAGAAGCACUGGAAGAGCGUUGUGAGCCGCUCCGUGUGCGACUACUUUUUCGAGGCGCAAGAGCGCGCCAGCGAGCCGGAGAACGUGCCCCCAGUCAUCCCGACCCCCCACCACUACCUAAUCAGUGUGCUAAGGCACCGCAUUUACUUUGUGGCAGUUAUCCAAAGCGAGGUGCCGCCGCUCUUUGUCAUUGAGUUCUUACACAGGGUGGUUGAUACAUUCCAGGACUACUUUGGGGUGUGCACGGAGGCAGCGAUCAAGGACAAUGUGGUGGUAGUAUAUGAGCUACUAGAGGAGAUGCUGGACAAUGGUUUCCCCCUGGCCACAGAGUCCAAUAUCCUCAAAGAGCUCAUCAAGCCGCCCACCAUCCUGCGCACAGUGGUCAACACCAUCACAGGCAGUACCAAUGUAGGGGAGCAGCUCCCUACUGGCCAGUUGUCUGUGGUGCCAUGGCGACGCACUGGAGUGAAGUACACCAACAACGAGGCCUACUUUGAUGUAGUGGAGGAGAUUGAUGCCAUAAUCGAUAAAUCAGGAUCCACUAUCACAGCAGAGAUCCAAGGGGUGAUUGACGCCUGUGUGAAACUGACAGGCAUGCCUGACCUCACUCUCUCAUUCAUGAACCCUCGUCUGCUGGAUGAUGUGAGCUUCCACCCGUGUGUGAGGUUCAAGCGCUGGGAAGCGGAGAGGAUCCUCUCCUUCAUCCCCCCAGAUGGAAACUUCCGGCUUCUCUCCUACCACGUCAGCUCCCAGAAUCUGGUGGCCAUCCCGGUGUACGUCAAGCACAACAUCACGUUCAGGGAGGGUAGUUCUCAGGGCCACUUUGAGCUGACCCUGGGCCCCAAGCAGACCAUGGGGAAGGGAGUAGAGGCUGUUCUGGUCAGCAGCCAGCUGCCCCGCGGAGUUCUCAACACCAACCUCAACCCCACCCAGGGGACAUACACCUUCGACCCUGUCACUAAGCUCCUGUCGUGGGACGUGGGUAAAAUCAACCCUCAGAAGCUGCCUAGUCUAAAGGGCUCUAUGAGCCUGCAGGCAGGGGCCUCCAAGCCAGACGAGAACCCCACUAUCAACAUCCAGUUCAAGAUCCAACAGUCGGCCCUCUCUGGACUGAAGGUGAAUCGGUUGGAUAUGUACGGGGAGAAGUACAAACCAUUCAAAGGCAUCAAGUACAUGACCAAAGCUGGCAAAUUCCAGGUCCGGACAUAGAGGCUUGGCUCGCCACUCUCUGGCCUCUGCACCACUACUGUACAACAGAUAGGAGGUGGUUUCAGAAUGGGGGGGGGGGGGGGUAUGAUACAUUCCCUGUGUAAAUGCAUUUCAGGAUUUGUCCUCACAAACUAGGGGCUCUGCUGUCUAACUGAACUACUACAGAAUGUGUGACAGGACACACGAAAUCCUGUUUUUAAUGGAGUUGUUUGCACAGUCAAAUGUGUUAGUUGAGAGGUUACCAGGCUCAACGUAGCUACGGCUUUUGUAGCAGGCCUAAAAUGGGUAUCUCUGUUGUCAUUUCUGGUUCUCUUUACAAGCUCUUUGCUAUCCUUUCAGUUCGUCUUGUGAGUGAGAAUGGCAGGCAAAACGGUUUAUGUGCUUCCCUCAGAUGUGUAACUACUGUCUACUGCUAGUACCCCUUUUCUCGUGCUUCAAUCCAAUCCUUGGCCAGGAAACACUCCUGGUGCUACUUCUAUUACAUUCCUAUGUUAUUCCUCUGUCCCCUUGGUAUUUUCUACCCUCACUUAUUCCAAAACUCCCCGUUUCCUGAAUUUUUCUUCUCAGUCCUCCGAACCAUAUUUAUGUAUUUGCCUGUCUGUCAUCAACACUGAAGUCAACACAUUAGAGUUUGAGUAUGUGACAUGAAAUCCCUUCCCCUGAAUUAUGCACACCCAUAUUCAUUGUUCUAUCAUCAGUUAAUACUGUAUGUUUAACUAUGUCCUUCCAUAUCAAAUUUAACGGUUGUAUUAUGCGGGUGAUAUGUUACUGCUUUUCUCUCCUUUAUAUCAUGUAAGGUGUCAUGUUGAGCACUUUGCUGUGGUCUACCUGAAGUUUUGUCCACCUUAAUCCCUCUUGAUUACCUUUUUUUUAAUUCUUAUUUAUUGACCAAUGAUUGAUCAGGGACUGAAUCCUGAUCCAAGCACAAUCCUAUACUGUAUAGCCCUAUUAUAUAAUACAGCACAGAUUUAUCUUUAUUACUCUAUAGUGAAUUCUCUUUGUAGGUAUGUUCUCUAUACUGACUGACAUACUACAGUUUGAUGAUAACGAUGGGAUUCCCUAUCAAGAAUGUUAAAGGUUUGUGUUUACAGCUUUUGUUUGUGUCUGUCAAAUUAAUUCAAGUUGAGUUUUACAAUGGUAUGAUAUUAAAGAUUUAGGAAUUGAUAUGAUAUACCCUGAAUUAUCGGGUUAAUUUUGGUCCUCUCAGUUAGUGGAUACUUUGAAACUACUACAAUGUAGUCGGUGUAGAUCUGGCUGUUACCAACUUAAAGAGCCACAUGUUUCUACAUGUCUGACUUCAAACACAUUUCUGUCAUGAUAUCUUGAGUAUUAUGAGAGGCCAUUAAUGAAGAUGUAUGGGAGGUUUUAAUGUUUUUGGUUUGAUGAACUAAAAAGUAAACAAAU